UGUCUCCAGUACUAGCUAAACACCACCACGACCUCUGAAGUACACAGUCUGUGAUUGAAUGAACCCGCAUAGGACGCAGGUUUUAGCAUGUCACACUUUAUCACGACCGUCCUGUGCCGUGUUUCUACACGAGUGUUGUUUUCUGGCUCGGCGUCAUGUUCAUCGGUAACGGGACUUCGAGAUUUUUGCAGCGGAGUGUCGCGACUGGACCGUGUCGGGAGUGACAGCGCGCAUGCUGCCAGCCCCAUCAACUUGACAUAUGAUGUGUAUGAUGGCAAGGGAGAUGGCACACCAUUGGUGUUUCUUCAUGGUUUAUUUGGAAGCAAAUCAAACUUUCAUUCAAUAGCCAAAUCCCUAGUACAGCGGACAGGCAGAAAGGUGCUGACAGUAGAUGCUCGUAACCAUGGCAAAAGUCCACACAGUCCCAUCUUGAACUAUGAAGCAAUGACCCAUGAUCUGACACAUCUGCUUGGCCAGCUGCACAUUGGGAAGUGUGUCCUAAUAGGACACAGCAUGGGCGGCAAAGUUGCAAUGACGACGGCACUUUCACAGCCUAGUUUAGUGGACCGUCUGGUUGUUGUGGACAUUAGCCCAUCUCUGACUACAGUGCACACCAAUUUCAAUGCCUACAUUCAGGCAAUGAAAGAAGUGAAGAUAGCCAGUGAUAUCCCUCGCUCUACAGCUCGUAGACACGCUGAGGACCAACUCAGAAAGCAGGUUAAGGAGCGUUCAGUACGUCAGUUCCUCCUAACUAACCUCGAAGAGCAAAAUGGUAAGUAUGGCUGGAGAAUUAACCUGGAGGCCAUCUCAAACCACCUGGAGGACCUCAGGGGGUUUCCUAAAUUCAACACCACCUAUGAGGGGCCUACCCUUUUCCUGGGUGGGAGUAAUUCUUCCUACAUAAGCUCUGACAGUUACCCUGAAAUCGAGCGGCUAUUUCCCUGUGCAGAUAUCCAGUAUAUCCCAGAUGCCAGUCACUGGAUUCAUGCCGAUAAGCCUUUGGAUUUCAUCAGCUCCGUAAUAACUUUCUUAUAGUCAUAGUCCUUGUGUCUGACACAGGACAUGUGCAUGUGGGCCCAAUGACAAAUGGACCAUCACUAGUGUAAGAUGCGGACCGUUCUGACUUUCAUUCAGUUAGGUCUAGUCUCUUACUUUAAAAUGCACAACUGGACCGUUUUAUUGUUGUGGACAGUUAUGUGUUUUUGUUCGUCUGUGUCGUAUUUGCACUGUGGCUAACAUCGUACACUGAAGACAGUUUACAUUUAGAGCAUCUAUUGAAAUCGCAGACAACUGUCCAUUGCUUGUUAAUAUGGACGUUUGAUUGCGGCUCACAAAUUGUGCGCUCUGUAUGUUACAAGAUUCAGUGGACAACGUUAAGGUAGUUAAUAAUAUAACAUUUUUUAUUUGUUUUUAAUGUUUAUCUAAUAUUUUAUUUGACAUUAAUAUUAGAUUUUCCUUAUUUUGAACAGCAUAUUGUUGACAUGGACAUCGUGUGUCUGUGCUUUGUUAAGAUGUCUAUGCAACAGUGUGUGUAGUUUUUAAUAGUUUACAACACAGUGUCAUCUAUAAAUCCAUUAAGGGCACAACUCUUUGAUGUAUAUUCUAGGCAGUGUGUCUUAGUAGGGAUGUAACUAUAUCAAAAUCUCACUGUAAAAUGACAUACCCCGGUAUAACGGUCAUGGCACAUUUCUUUUCUAUAUUUAAUGAUGAUCAAAUGAUGACUAGGAAAGUGCCAUAAGCAUCCUUUUCAUUGUCCUCUAAUAACUGUUGCAAUAACUCAAAUGAUAUAAAAAUCCCUUUUAGAAAAAAAAAAUUACACCAGAUGGACCUUAACAAAGGUAAGAUCCAUAAAUAUUUUUAACAUUCUCUAUGUCAGGCCGGGAAUACCUAUCGUUUCAUACAGUCAUGUGACCACGGAAAUUUUGCUAAUUGAUAAUAUUGUUACAUCCCUAUAUCUUGGAUAUUAUUGAAUUGUUUUCUAGAAAUGUAAUUGUCUGUAAGAUGUUUUAAGUAAGUAGUAUCAUUCAGAGCUGUAGUGCACUAAAUGUGAAAAGUGUGCGUGUUAUUUGUUUUUGUUAAGGUUAUUGUUUAAUCAAAUAGUUUUCUAUCCUUUUACAAUUAAUGAUGCAAAGAUGCUGCAAUGUAAAAAAUACACACUUUAAAGCACCAGGACUUCAACCGGUCUUUUGCUGUCGGGUCUAACAACACUGUUUUACUAAAAAUGUUCAAGCAAUGUUGAGCAAGACGCAACUUUACGGCUUUCGUUCCGUUUUAAAAAUGAAUAUGUAUUUAACAAAUGGAUAAAAACAUAAGCAUACAGUAGUAGCCUACAUACGAACAAAUAACUAUAUUGUUGCUUUUUAAACCAUACCAGUUGUGACUCUUUGUAACAUGUAUGUUAGUAGGUUAACUACAGAGAGUGCCUACCUCUGCACAAUUCUUCAUUCUAGCUCUGUAGGUUAAUAUUCCGUUGGUUAGCUCUAUGUACAGCUGUUAAAGUACCAAAGCAGGGGUGUAUCUGAAGAUUUGCCUUGACCAGUGGUGUGUUAACAUUAUGUGUUGCAUAAAUUGAAGACAUUAGUCUACAAAUAUGAAAUGUUCCACUUGUAAUUGUUGACUUACAGUUGGUGUAUAUGUUUUGAGCAGUACUCAAGCUGCUCUUAUAGGGGGAUAUUUUUGUGAAAUGUGGAAAUAGUAUUUUGAAUAUCUAUGCCCUGGUAAUAUAUAAAUGUGGAUUUAUGACUAUUUUAUUGACUUAUAAAACAAGAAAUAUGCUGCAUAACCACUUUAAAUGACAUUAACCUUGAAUGUGUGUUCUCGCAUGUGAAGUUUUCAACUUGUGUAAUAAUUGUAUUGAAUGUGUUUGGUGAAACCGUGUAGCACUGCCAUUACUUUUUGUCUCUGCCAAGACAAACUUGUUAUGUGUAUGUUUAUAUGGAACUGUAUUUUUGAAAAUUUGGAUUUCAAAACUAAACUUUACUGCCAAUCAUAAUAACAAUGAUUGAGUUUUUUCUUUCUAAAGCUGGCAAAAGGCUAAAUACGGGGGCUUGGGUAUUUUUAACCUGUGAAAAGUUAAUAUUGUUUUUUGUUUAUUUUUAAUAUUAUACAUUAUUCUAUAAUGGAAGAUUUCAAAUAAUUUGGCUUAAAGUCUUAGCAAUUCAUUAGACUGGUAGGGUUCUAUGACAUUAAAACUUUAUUUCUAUAUGGUGUUCCUGUUGCUCAAUUGGUAUC